AAAGAGGCCCAUGCUUGGUAUCCGGCCGUCUCUUGUUUGUCUUGGGACGACACCACCGUGGGCCGAUGAUCAUCGCAUGGGAGCAAGUCUCACCAGCGUGGCAUCGGGGAGGUUCCAAACCUCAGCGUCGCGGGACUUGACCUGCUCCGUCUCGGUCAUGAUUCCCCGGUUCUCCAGACGCGAGAUUCUUUAAGGGCUGGCGAAAUGGAGAUAUAAACCACGUCGCUUCCCGCCGUUCCUCUGGUCUAGAUUCUUUCUCCUCAUCCCUGGAGGCCAUCAGCACUCUCUUCACAUCUUCAAGAUACCCUUUGCUUAAUUCCCUCUUUCAAACACCCCUUUUAAAACCUAAUCUUGUAUUAAUCAGAGCUGUGCUCUCUUAAUUAUCUUUCUAUCUUUUCCAAACCCACUUGCCAUCUUCAACAUGAGGUUCAGCACUGCUCUCGUCUUCUGCGCCGGCCUGGUGUCGGUCAGCGCACAGGCAGCCCAGGGCGCAACCGCGAGGAGCGAGAUCGCCACCUCGGACUCGUACCUGUCCUCGUACCUGGGCAGGCGCCAAAACCAACGUGCGGCCGAGGCUGCCAACGGAAAGGCCAAGGAGGGCGAGAAGGCCCAGAACAAGGCCGGCGCGGAGAAGGCCAAGGAGGGAAAGGGAAACAACGCGGCCGAGGGCGAGGAAGAAGCCGCCGAGGGGGAGAACAACAACGCGGCCGAGGGAGAGAACAACAACGCCAACCAGGGCCAGAUUGAAGAGGGCAACGCCAACAACGGCACCAACAACGCCAACAACGGCACUGAGAAUGCGGGCAACGACAGGAACAACAACAACGGCAACAACAAUCAGAACAACGGCCAAAACAACAACAACAACAACAACAACAACGGUGCGGGUGUCAACCUCGGCCAGGGCUUGAGCCAGGAGGACCUCGCUCGCCUGCUCGCCGGCAACAACAACCUGGGCGGCAUCGACCUCAACAACCGCGACUCCAUCCUCGCCGGCAUCGGCCGCCUGAUGAACGGCCUCUGCGUCGGCAACAUCUUCAACGUCAACCGCAACCAGCUGUUCGCCCUCAACUCCAACCAGCAGCUCCAGCUCCUGUUCCAGCUGCAGCAGAUCCAGCAGCUCCAGCAGCUCGGCUUCGUCAACGGCGCGCAGGUCCAGAACCUGUUCAACGUCGGCUUCAACAAUAACAACAUCUUGGCCCUCGGCGGCAUUGGCGGCAUCGGCGGCGUCCCCGGCAUCAACGGCUUCAACUUUGCCGGCUUCAAGCGCGCGGUUGCCGAGCAGAUGAAGAAUCUCAAGAGGACCGAGCUCCGCCGUGGAGUCCACGCCAAGAGACAGCAGUGCAAGCAGGCUCAGCAGCAGCGCCAGCAGUCGGGCGACAGGAGGCAGAAGGCGUAA